AGCCAAAUAUUAUUAUUAUUGUUAUUAAAAACAAAAAUAGACCAAUGGCAAUGGCUGCAGCUACCGCUGCUACUCUCAUCCUCAGAACUAGAAAUUCUCUCUUCCAUUCUUUCUCUUUCACCACAAAACCCCACUCUUUUUACCUCAAAGCUUCAACUAUGGAGGGGAGUGAGAUUACAGAGGAAGAGAGCAAAGGUGCUGAUGAGAAGAAGAAAAUCUUUGUUGCCGGAGCCACCGGGAGCACCGGGAAGAGGAUUGUGGAGCAGCUUUUGGCUAAGGGAUUUGCUGUUAAGGCCGGUGUCAGAGAUUUGGAUAAGGCCAAAUCCAUCUUCCCUGGAAGCAACCCUGAUCUUGAAAUUGUGAAAGCAGAUGUGACAGAGGGUCCAACAAAAUUAGCUGAAGCUAUCAGCAAUGAUUCUGAGGCAGUAAUAUGUGCUACAGGUUUUAGACCUUCGUGGGAUCUAUUAGCUCCAUGGAAGGUUGAUAAUUUUGGCACCGUGAAUCUGGUUGAAGCUUGCCGGAAACAAAAUGUUAAUAGAUUUUUACUUAUAAGUUCUAUUUUAGUCAAUGGGGCUGCCAUGGGGCAAUUGUUUAAUCCUGCCUACAUUUUCCUCAACGUCUUUGGACUCACCUUGGUUGCAAAACUCCAAGCGGAACAGUAUAUUCGAAAAUCUGGUAUCAACUACACAAUUAUAAGGCCUGGGGGAUUACGGAACGAUCCACCCAAGGGAAACAUAGUCAUGGAGCCAGAGGAUACUCUUUAUGAAGGUUCUAUAUCAAGGGAUCAGGUCGCAGAAGUCGCAGUUGAGGCCUUGCUCCAUUCAGAAUCUUGGUACAAAGUAGUGGAGAUUGUUGCGAGAACAGAGGCUCCCAAACGUUCAUUUGAAGAGCUCUUUGGUUCUAUCAAACAACGUUGAUCUGGUUGGACUGUUUGUAUUUAUCUUGUCAUAUACUAAUACCAGGUGUGAACAAUUCAGUACGAGAGAGAAUGAUUCUUCCCAGUGAUCUUAGAACAGCUUUAAUUUUCAAAACGUCCAGUUUGGGUUGGUAAUAACGAGAUUUCUAGUAUCUGGUUUUGUCUAGAAAAUGCCCCUGUUCUACCUUAACAUUUUAUCUAUGUUUGAAUCUAGAGCAAACUGCUCGGCUAACCCAACCCAAAAAUAAAAAAUUCUUCAAUGUUUGGGUCA